AUGGCUCGUGCAAUCCGUGCAUGGUUUCUUUGUUUCUGUGCUCUUCGCGUCCAGGCCCAAGAUGACGACUUCGAGUGGUUCAGGUGCGAUGCUUGCUCGGCAUCUUUCUUCAAGAUAAACAGGACACUUGUUCAACGCUUUGCGGGAAGAGCAUCCGUGCCUUCCUAUGAGUUUCUGGAAAUAAUCGAUGAGGUCUGUGACACUAUGUUCACAAAAAACGAGUUCGGCGUGAAGCAGCAUGAGGGCAAGAAGUACCUCUUCGGACCGGGUAUCAAAGACCACAUUCCCGGACUUGGAUUCGGCCAGAUGGGCAUGGGGGACUAUGACAAAAGGCUGGCAGCAUUCUGCAAGAUGUUCGUCGAAGAGUUGGGAGAGGAGAAGUUGCAGCAGCUCUAUUGGGACCACCGGCAGCUGAAUCACACACAGCUGUGCUUGGAAGAGUGCUUGUCUUCAGCCAGUGGCACUGGCGCACAGUCAAGAAACCCUCGCAAGCCUCGGCCUGCCCCGAGGCAGAAGCCUCUGCCAGCUCCGAAGCUCGAUUCUCCGAAGGAGAAGACUAAGACUGUGGCUUCAAAGAGGGAAGGCCGAGGAGCCGAAGCGAAGUUGGAGCUUGGCCAGGUGUUGCCUCUUCUGCCACAAUUGAAAACCUCCGACUUGCACCGCUUGGGUACCGCAGUGCUUGACGAGCUCACAAAGCGGGCCAGGAGCGCUCAGAAAUCCGAGCGGGCUGAGUUGUGA